AUGGACGGUAUCUUAACUUAUGUUGGGGUUUCUGCUGUUUUUGGGCUGGUUAUAAUAAUGGCGAUAAUAUACUCUGUUUCUCACAGAAAUCCUUUAGUUAGUCUUGCUUUCUCAGUAGUGGGAAAACUUUCUGUUAAGGAGCUGCCCGUUUAUAUUGUGUCUCAGAUUGCGGGUGCCACAGCAGCUGCAGCUCUACUCCAUGAAAUAAUUACAAACACAUCCAUUAAUGUUACUGUCACUGUUCCUGUGGGACAUCCUUUUGUAUCACUGGUGGUGGAAUUCAUUAUUACCUUCAUAAGAGCCCUUGUUAUAUCUGGAACAGCUACAGAUCCUAAAGCAUUAAGUCAGAAAAUUUAUCACAACUCACCGAUCCCGUUAACAUUUAGAACAUAA